GCCAAAGUGAACGGUCAGUUCAUGGGUGGAGAUGCCAUUACUGGGCGGGUGUUUUUUGGAGAGCAUUUCAUCCUGAACUGCUGCUGUCCUAAAGGAUUUUUUAUGGAGUGACUUUAGAAUAUCCUGGAGACAAUUUUUACCCCAGACCUGGAAGUAUAAGCCUUCUUCCCCCCUUGGCGCUUUCCCAGCUGUAGUUAGUUUGGGUCCGACCAAAAACGAUUUCAUGCUGGUAUCUGCAACUUUUACAAAGACAAUUAGAACACUAAUAAAUAUGAAAGUGGAAGAUACUUAGAGAUAGAAUUUAUAAAAUGAGUUCUGGAGAAAAUUAUCCAGGCUAGUUUGCCUCCUAUUAGGUGUGAGAGGAAAAAACACCCACUUUUUUAAUUUUAUAAACAACUUUAUUAAUGUCAAGCAGUGAUUAACAUGCACAUCUAUUACGUCACAUCAUACAAAUGUAAACACCAACUGUUUUUUCUGUGCUCUCACCCAUAACAAGCAGCACAGAAGACUUCUGUAACCAGGUGUGCAGGGAGUUCUCCCCAUAGUGAGCAUGCAAUAAAUUCUGCAGGGGAAGCUUGCUGGGUAUCUAACAUUUCAAAUCCUCCAGGUAGUGUUGGCGUCAGAUCCCACAGGUUGAGGGCUCAGUCCCACGAGACUCCCUGCCAGCUCCAUCUUAAACUCCGAGAUGUGUUACUUGUGCUUUGGACUGACUGGCUCUUUUAGGGAGACUUCAUUGGACAGACAGGAUUGAAGAGUGGAGUAGAGAAACUCAGGAAGGCCUGUCCGGAUUCUCACUGGCCCCUGUAUAGCAUUCCUGCCUUCAGGGUAUAGGCAAAACUCCUUUCUGAAAUGGGAGUCUUCUGCCCAGCAAUCAGACAAGGUUUCUUUAAAAGCGAUUGAAGAGAAGAAUUCAAAAUGCCUGAAAAUCCUGCCGCAGAUAAACUGCAGGUGCUCCAGGUCCUUGAUCGCCUGAAAGGGAAGCUGCAGGAGAAGGGAGACACAUCGCAGAAUGAGAAGCUGUCUCUGUUUUACGAGACCCUGCGAAGUCCUCUCUUCAACCAGAUCCUCACCCUGCAGCAGUCCAUCAAGCAGCUGAAAGGGCAGCUCAGCCACGUACCCUCAGAUUGUUCAACCAACUUUGAUUUUUCGAGGAAGGGUUUGUUGGUGUUCACAGAUGGUUCCAGUAGUAACGGGAAGGCCAAUAGGCCCUCUAAUAACGGGGCGGUAUCUGGGUUAUUUCCUUGGACCCCGAAGCUGGGAAAUGAGGAGUUCAACUCCAUCAUUCAACAGAUGGCUCAGGGCCGGCAAAUUGAAUGUAUAGAUAUAGAACGACCUUCAACUGGUGGCCUUGGAUUCAGCGUGGUGGCCCUUAGAAGACAAAAUUUGGGGAUUGAUAUCUUUGUGAAGGAAGUACAACCAGGGAGUGCAGCAGACAGGGAUCAGAGACUGAAGGAGAAUGACCAGAUACUGGCCAUUAAUCGCACGCCUCUGGAUCGGAACGUUUCCCACCAGCAAGCGAUUGCUCUCCUACAACAAACCACCGGCUCCUUGGGUCUGGUUGUGGCCAGGGAGCCAGUACACGUGAAAAGCAGUUCUUCUGCCAGCCUGACUGAGACAACCGUUCCUGAAACAGUUCACUGGGGUCAUAUUGAAGAUGUUGAGCUCAUUAACGAUGGCUCAGGAUUGGGUUUUGGAAUAGUUGGAGGAAAAUCGUGUGGCGUGGUUGUGAGGACGAUAGUUCCUGGAGGAUUAGCAGAUCGAGAUGGAAGACUUCAGACAGGGGACCACAUCUUGAGGAUCGGUGGCACAAACGUGCAGGGCAUGACCAGUGAGCAAGUUGCUCGAGUUCUCAGGAACUGUGGGAGUUCCGUCAGGAUGCUUGUUGCCAGAGACCCAGUUGGCGAGACUUCAGUGCCCCCUCCUGCCCCGGCAGCCUUACCUGUUGCCCUCCCGACAGUGGCCAGCAGGAGCCCUGGUUCUGAUAGUUCUCUUUUUGAGACUUACAAUGUUGAACUCAUUAAAAAAGAUGGACAGAGUCUCGGGAUUAGAAUCAUCGGCUAUGUCGGGGCAUCUCACGCAGGGGAGGGAUCUGGAAUUUAUGUGAAAAACAUCAUCCCCGGCAGCGCUGCCUUCCACAACGGCCACAUUCAAGUGAAUGACAAAAUAGUUGCUGUUGAUGGUGUAAAUAUUCAGGGUAUGGCCAACCAGGAUGUUGUUGAAGUUUUACGGAAUGCGGGGCAGGUGGUGCACCUGACCCUGGUUCGCAGGAAGACAUCGUCAUCUGCUUCUCCACUCGAGCAGCCUUCAGACAGAGGAAUUGUAGAACCACCAAAAACAUCGUCUGUCUUCCUAACUGGAGCAGUGGAAACAGAAAGUAAUUUGGAUGGUGAAGAUGAGGAAGUUGAAGAAAGAAUGGAUAAUCUAAAAAACGAUGGUGUACAAGCCUUAGACAAAUUGGAAAGAGUUCCAGACUCUCCAGAAAAAAAUGAACUGAAAUCCAGAUGGGAAAGCCUUUUGGGUCCUGAUUAUGAAGUAAUGGUGGCUACUUUGGACACACAAAUUGCGGAUGAUGCUGAGUUACAAAAAUAUUCAAAGCUGCUGCCCAUUCACACUCUGAGGCUCGGCGUGGAAGUGGACUCCUUCAACGGGCACCAUUAUAUCUCUUCAAUAGUCCCUGGGGGUCCUGUGGACACCUUGUGUCUCCUACAGCCGGAAGACGAGCUUCUCGAGGUCAAUGGCGUGCAGCUGUACGGCAAAUCUCGCAGAGAAACAGUCUCCUUUCUGAAGGAAGCUCCACCCCCUUUUACCCUGGUGUGCUGUCGAAGGUUGUUUGAUGAUGAGGCCUCUGUAGAUGAACCAAGGACCCCCGAAACCUCUGCUCCGGAUGUGGAGGUGGAGCACAGUGGAGACAACAGCCCUGGAGAGGAUGAGGAGGGAGAGUUAGCGCUCUGGUCACCCGAGGUCAAGAUCGUCGAGCUGGUAAAAGAUCAGAAAGGCUUGGGAUUCAGCAUUUUGGACUACCAGGACCCUUUAGAUCCCACAAGAUCAGUGAUCGUGAUCCGUUCCCUGGUAGCAGAUGGAGUGGCGGAGAGAAGUGGUGAGCUCUUACCUGGAGACCGCUUGGUCUCCGUCAACGAGUACUGUCUGGACAACAGCACGCUCGCCGAAGCUGUGGAGGUUUUGAAAGCUGUGCCGCCAGGCACUGUGUACCUUGGCAUCUGUAAGCCUUUGGUGGAAGAUGAUAAAGAAGAAGAAAGUUGUUACACUUUACAUUCAAGCAACAAUGAAGAUCAGACUGAACUUUCAGGAGCAAUUCAUGAUAUAAAUUCAUCUUUAAUUCUUGAAGCACCCCAGGGAUUUAGAGACGAACCACAUUUUAAAGAAGAACUUGUGGAUGAACCAUUUCUAGAUUUGGGAAAGGCUUUCCAGUCCCAACAAAAAGAGAUAGACCACAGCCAGGAGGCCUGGGAGAUGCAUGAACUCCUGACUCCCAGUCUGCGGGAGACGGAUGAAGAGAGGGAGAUGCUUGUGGAUGAAGAAUACGAGCUGUAUCAAGAUCACUUUCAGUCCAUGGAGUUGUAUCCCCCGGCACACAUUCGAGAGCCCCCUCCCGUACCCUCCAUGACGGAGUUUCACUUUGCAACACAGUGGCUACCUGACAGUGAGCCGCUUGAGUCUGAAGAACCAGGAUCCCUGAGGAGCGUGUAUUCCCAGGAGACUCAGCAGUACGGCUGCUGCCCUGAAAACAUGAUGAAAGAAAACCUUGUCAUGGAUUCCCUACCAGCCGAAGGAAACAGUCAGCAAAGCAGAUUUGAUGAUCUGGAAAAUCUUAAUUCAUUAGCCCAAAGCAGUCUGGAUUUAGGCAUGAUUUGCAGUGAGGUCCCGGGGCCUGGCUUGCUUGUUGACCUUCCUGCUGUGACUCAACCACGGGAACAAGAUUUGCCUUUGUAUCCACUCCCCAGGAUGCGGCUUGCCUUGAAGGGCUCAGCACACACAGGAGUGUUGUCUUCUAGAUACACCACCAGUGCCUGUGAGUUACCUGAGAGAGAAGAAGGUGAAGGGGAAGAAACUCCGAACUUCAGUCACUGGGGCCCACCAAGAAUUGUUGAGAUAUUCAGGGAGCCCAAUGUGUCUCUUGGUAUCAGUAUUGUUGGUGGACAAACUGUUAUAAAACGCCUGAAGAAUGGAGAGGAGCUGAAAGGUAUAUUCAUCAAACAAGUCUUAGAAGACAGUCCAGCAGGAAAAACAAAUGCCCUGAAAACUGGAGACAAAAUACUGGAGGUGUCUGGAGUGGAUCUGCAGAAUGCGUCUCACCGAGAAGCCGUGGAGGCCAUUAAGAACGCAGGGAACCCGGUGGUGUUCGUGGUGCAGAGCUUGUCACCCACCCCAAGAGUCAUUCCUAAUGUGCAUAACAAGGACAACAAAAGUGCCAACCCCCAGGACCAAGGCACCCAAGGAAAAAGAGAAAAGAGGCAGGGAGCUGCUCCGCCCCCCAUGAAGCUGCCGCCUCCUUACAGAGCUCCGGCCGAGGACAGCGAUGAAGACGCCGAGAAAUGUGCCCUUCCCGACGAAAAAAUCAGGCAAAGAUACGCAGAUCUGCCUGGAGAACUGCACAUUAUUGAACUUGAAAAGGAUAAGAAUGGCCUUGGACUCAGCCUUGCUGGCAACAAAGACAGAUCUCGAAUGAGCAUAUUUGUGGUGGGAAUCAACCCAGAAGGACCAGCCGCAGCAGAUGGACGAAUGCGAGUUGGAGAUGAGCUGUUAGAGAUAAACAGUCAGAUCCUGUAUGGAAGAAGUCAUCAAAAUGCAUCUGCCAUUAUUAAGACUGCCCCUUCAAAGAUCAGGCUGGUCUUCAUCAGGAACGAAGACGCAGUCAAUCAGAUGGCCGUCACGCCCUUCCCGUUGCCGGCAAGUUCCCCAUCUUCUGUUGAGGAUCAGAGUGGCAUGGAACCUCUUAGUGAGGAAGACAGCAGCCUUGAAGUUGGUACUAAACAAUUGCCUGGACGUGGAAACUCUGAUCUGGGAGACGUGCCCCAGGUGGUUCAGGGCCCAGUGGCAGAUGAGCAGCAGACGCCGGAGUCCCCUCCUGACAGUGCUGUCCCCCAGAUGAAACAGCAAAAGUACUCGACCAAAGUCUCCUUUAGCUCACAAGAGAUACCAUUAGCACCAACUCCAUCAUACCAGUCUACAGAUGCGGAGUUCACAGACUAUGGUGGCUUCCAGCCUCCUCUGUCAGUGGACCCUGCAACGUGUCCCAUUAUCCCUGGACAGGAAAUGAUUAUAGAAAUAUCCAAGGGACGUUCAGGGCUUGGUCUCAGCAUUGUGGGAGGAAAAGACACACCCUUGGAUGCUAUCGUGAUACACGAAGUCUAUGAGGAAGGAGCUGCAGCCAGGGAUGGGCGCCUGUGGGCUGGCGACCAGAUCCUAGAGGUUAACGGGAUCGACCUGAGGAGCUGUCGCCAUGAAGAUGCCAUCACCGCUCUCAGGCAGACGCCCCAGAAGGUGCGGCUGGUGGUGUACAGAAACGAGGCCCACAGCAGGGACGAGGAGAACCUGGAGAUCUUCCCUGUGGAUCUGCAGAAGAAAGCCGGCCGAGGACUGGGCCUGAGCAUCGUUGGGAAACGAAAUGGAAGCGGAGUGUUUAUUUCUGACGUUGUGAAAGGCGGAGCUGCAGACCUCGAUGGAAGAUUGAUUCAGGGAGAUCAGAUUUUAUCUGUGAACGGGGAGGACAUGAGAGACGCCUCACAGGAGACCGUGGCCACUGUCCUCAAGUGUGCGCAGGGCCUUGUGCAGCUAGAGAUGGGAAGACUCCGAGCUGGUUCCUGGACCUCGGCAAGGAAGACUCCGCAGCUCAGUCAGGGGAGCCAGCACAGCAGCUGCCGUCCUUCCCUGGCUCCCGUCAUCGCCGGCCUGCAGAACCUGGUUGGCACAAAAAGAGCCUCUGAACCUGCCCAGAAGAGUCCAGGCACAGUCACGGUGCCGAGGACUGUUGAGAUAAUCAGGGAGCUGGGCGAUGCCCUGGGAAUCAGUAUUGCUGGAGGAAAAGGAAGUCCCUUAGGAGAUAUCCCUGUUUUUAUUGCCAUGAUUCAAGCCAGUGGAGUGGCUGCACGUACACAGAAGCUUAAAGUGGGAGAUCGGAUUGUCAGCAUUAAUGGGCAACCUUUGGAUGGGCUGUCUCAUGCGGAUGUGGUUAAUCUGCUGAAGAACGCCUACGGGCGCGUUAUCCUGCAGGUUGUUGCGGAUACUAAUAUAAGUGCCAUAGCAACUCAGCUUGAAAACCUGUCUACAGGCCACCGCCUUGGUUCACCCACUGCUGAACACCAUCCAGAAGACACAGAAACACCUUCACCUAAGAUUAUUACUUUGGAGAAAGGCUCUGAAGGCUUGGGGUUUAGUAUUGUAGGGGGUUAUGGAAGUCCCCAUGGAGACCUGCCAAUUUAUGUCAAGACUAUAUUUGCAAAGGGAGCAGCGGCAGAUGACGGCCGAUUAAAGCGAGGCGAUCAGAUUUUAGCUGCUAAUGGUGAGACCCUGGAAGGUGUUACUCAUGAGCAAGCAGUUGCCAUUCUAAAACACCAGAAGGGGACUGUCACCUUAACUGUGCUGUCAUGAGCCUCAGGUCCUCAUCACAAAACAGAUGUCAUGUAAAAUAAUCCAUAGCGAGCUGAAGUCCUGGGUGGGGAUGGACAGCCACUGCAUCUCAAAUCCACCUUCAUUUUUACCAUCUCAUCCUCUCUGCUCAGGGGAAAUAGCUGAGGUUUUAUGUGAAUUUCCCAAAUCAACAGUCAUCUCCUAAUAUUUCCCAGCUUCUGUCACCUCUUGGCAAGGUUACUUUCUAACGUUUGAAUGAGUCUUACCCAUUUUGCAUUUAACACCCAUGUUUGCCAACUAGCAGUAACUGGUCCUCAUUAUAUUUGUGGAAACUGGAAUCGAUGGCCUCUCUUUCCUUACACCCCUGUCUCCCUGCCCCUUCCUACUCACAGGGAGGCUUAAGAGUAACCUCAGAUCUCACUGAUGCACAGAAACAAAUGUUAAGCAACUUGUCAUCUCACUCAUGAUUGACUUAUGCUAAUUGCCUCUUCAAGUAAGCCGGAAAACAUUAGCAGUGUAAUUAACUCACUAGUGAUCCUCGGGAAGAAAUACCACAUUCUCCUGUGGGAAAUUACUAUGCUGUCUCCUGUAUGACUUACAGUCAAAUAAGUCUCAAGUUCACUUCUCUGGAUAGAUCUUUAUACGUUAGUCAUUAGUGAUUUUGAUGAGUCAAUUUGCAGACUGUAAGCUUCUAAAAAAUUCUGAAAGGCUUUCUGUUUUCUGGGCUACCUACACACAUACCACUGAGCAAAUACACCUGACUCUCAACAUGAACAGCUAGUUAGCGACUGUGCUCUGAACUCUGGCAGUGCAAGAGUUCAAGUCCAGGAAAGUUCAUUUGCAAUUAAUGGCUCGUUAGUAGCAGGCAUCAUUCCCCGCGCCCCCCUCAGUCUUCAGUCGGAGAGGUGGAUACCCCAGAAGCACACUGCAGAUCAGCAAGCUUUGCCUCAUGACAGCCAAGGUUUGGGUGGCCUUGGCCUUGUGCAAAGUAGAGUGACAGUUUGAUUAUCCUUCCCUUUACCUCCACACCUGUCAGUCCCACAGCACAGACUGCAGGCGCCUAGAUGGACGGCGUGCUUAGCUGCAGCAUGACAGAGCCAGUCCACUGAGCCGAGGGGUCAGUGACAAAAACGCUUGGCUGGUAUUUUCUGGUGUCCAGGGACCCUCUGAUUUGCAGACGUUUUGCAUGCUAAGAAAUUAACUACAGCAAAAAAUAUAAAAUAGGAAUACGUUUAAAAUUGGUCAAGGAGGGCGGCGCCUAUGGCUCAAUGAGUAGGGCGCUGGCCCUAUAUACUGAAGGUGGUGGGUUCAAACCCAGCCCCGGCCAAACUGCAACAAAAAAUAGCCGGGCGUUGUGGCGGGCGCCUGUAGUCCCAGCAACUUGGGAGGCUGAGGCAAGAGAAUCGCCUAAGCCCAGAAGCUGGAGGUUGCUGUGAGCUGUGACGCCACAGCACUCUACUGAAGGCGAUAAAGUGAGACUCUGUCACUAAAAAAAAUAAUAAUAAUAAAAUUGGUCAAGGGGAUUCUUAUUCACAUGUUAGCAGGAAAAGAGGAGAGAUGCUUAUCAGAAUCUUCUAUUUAAAAAAUUCUUUGAAGAAUGAGAUUCCGGGGUCACUAACAGAAUGAGUCCAACAUUUUCUAACUACGGUACAAUGCUGCAAAAUCUUUCACAGUAAUUAUUGACAUUUAAUGGGCUCUAAUUUAAAGGUUAUUUAAUAAGUAUAGGUUUUAAUUGAGAAUUAUCUUUGAAUAGAUGCAAUCACAAAGUGCGUUAACUCUUGUUGGAAUAUUUUAUGGCUAUUCCAAGGUGUAUAGAGUGCCUAAAUUUUAUGUUGAAAAUGUCUUUCAUGACUUCUGUUGACUUCUCUGAAAUUACAUAUGGCUUUUGAAACGUCUGGUGUGUUCAUGGUCCACGAUGUUGAUAGAAUCUCAUCUUUAAAUGUGUGAGAAGCUACCAGCUUCAGAACAUGCUGUGUUAAUUGUAUCUGCAAUGACGCCGCUCACGAGCCAAGAAGAAAUGAAACCCAACAAAACUUGAAAAUGCAUCUUCAAAGCAUAUACACAUGUAAAACGUCUGAAAUCUGAUUCUGCUUGAUUUCGGUGGAAUGACCCAUUAAAUAUGCAUUUUUUAAGUAACCUGUUGUCACAUUUCCUUGUAUAUUCUUUUUGGUGAUGAUACUCAAAGUCCACUGAUAAAGGAAUUGUGAUGCUUUAUUCCUCUUGCUUCAGUAAAUUGAUAGAACUAGUGCUUUUCAUAACUGGUUCCAUCUGUGCCUGCAUGACUAAUAAAUAAUUGCCUUUCCAUUGC